UAUAGCUUUCUUCCACCUUCCCGGCCCUUCAUUCAACACAGCAAAACAGCCAACUCUCCCUCCUAUUCUUCUUCUUCCAUGUUUGACAAUAAUGGCCAGAAACCAAGCCCCCCAACCUCAAGGCUUGACCCAGGAAGAAUUUGCAGAGCUUGAGCUCACCAUCUCCACCUACCACACCUUCUCGCCGGAGCCCAACACCUGCACCUCUCUCAUAACCCAGCGCAUCGAGGCUCCGGCGGCCGCAGUCUGGCCCUUCGUCCGGCGCUUCGACAACCCCCAGAAGUACAAGCACUUCGUCAAGAGCUGCACCAUGACCGGAGACGGCUGCGUCGGAAGCAUCCGAGAAGUCACCGUCGUCUCCGGCCUGCCGGCGUCCACCAGCAUCGAGCGUCUGGAAAUACUCGACGACGACAAGCAUGUUCUCAGCUUCCGGGUGGUUGGCGGCGAGCACCGGCUGCAAAACUACCGAUCGGUCACCUCCGUCAACGAAUUCAACGACGGAGCUGGGAAGAUUUACACUAUAGUUUUGGAGUCUUACGCCGUUGAUAUACCGGAGGGGAAUACUGGGGAAGAUACAAAGAUGUUUGCGGAUACUGUUGUGAAGCUGAACCUCCAGAAGCUUGGAGCGGUGGCAAUGGCGUCUUUGCAUGGACAAGAGUGAAAAUAGGGGGUGGGUUGCGGCGGCGGCGGCGAGUGGGUCAUGCCUGGUUGGGGUUUUAGUGGUUGGAAGUAUAUGCACGACCUUCUGCAACUUGAAUUUGGUUUGUAUUAUUUUGGCCUAAUUAUUUUUCCUAAUUUGAUCUGUCCACAAUUCAGAAGAUACAGUUUUUAUUUUUAUUUUUUAUUUUUUUGGGACCACAUAUCAUUAAUCAAAGUUUGAAACUUUGCAUUGUAUUGUGUCUUCAAUAAUGAACCUGCAAAAGAAAUGGUCAAGACGACAAAGGGGUUUGUGCCCUUAUCUUGUCAUUUCAAGGGAUUUGUGCCCUUAUCUUAUCAUUUCUUAU